AUGGGAUUUGGCAUUAAUUGGUUAAAAUGGAUUCAUGGAUCUGUGUUCAAAAGCUACAUGUCGAUUCUAAUUAAUGGAAGUCCAUCGAAGGAUUUUAAGGUUGGAAGGGGGCUGAAGCAGGGUGACCCUUUAGCUCCGUUUCUGUUCGCCAUCGUAGCAGAGAAUCUGUCUUGUUUGAUGAGAUUCGCGGUUGCCGGUAAUUUGAUAACAGACUUAAAAAUUAAUGAUCAAGCCACUGUGAGCAUGCUUCAGUUUGCCGACGACACUCUGCUUAUAGGAGAUGGUUCGGUUACAAAUAUUUGGGCAUUCAAGGCUGUUAUGCGUGCGUUUGAAUUAAUUUCUGCUCUAAAAAUUAAUUUCUCAAAAAGCUGUCUAUAUGGGAUAGGAUUAGAUCCUGCUUAUCUUGAAGCUGCUGAAGAGUUUCUGCACUAUAAAUCCGGCAGACUGUCGUUCUAUUUCCUUGGUCUUACGGUUGGAGGAAAUCAUCGCGGUCACUCCCUUUGGAACCCAGUACUGUCUCGCCUGAGGAGUAAGCUAUCAAAUUGA